AUGUACACCUUCGUCGUGCGCGAUGAGAACAGCAGCGUCUACGCCGAGGUCUCCCGGCUGCUCCUCACCACCGGCUACUGGAAGAGGCUGCGGCGAGACAACCCCAGGUUCAACUUGAUGUUGGGAGAGAAGAACCAGCUGCCCUUCGGGAGACUGGGUCACGAGCCCGGGCUGGUACAGUUGGUGAAUUACUACAGGGGUGCUGACAAACUGUGUCGCAAAGCUUCUUUAGUGAAGCUAAUCAAGACAAGCCCAGAACUGGCUGAGUCCUGCACAUGGUUCCUUGAGUCCUAUGUGAUUUAUCCAACCAUUCUCAAGACCCCAGCUGCUCCAGCACAGAAUGGAAUUCAGCCACUGAUCAAUAACUCAAGGACAGAUGAAAGAGAAUUCUUCCUCUCUUCUUAUAACAGAAAGAAAGAGGAUGGGGAGGGCAACGUUUGGAUUGCAAAGUCAUCAGCUGAUGCCAAAGGUGAAGGCAUUCUCAUCUCCUCAGAGGCUUCAGAGCUUCUCGAUUUCAUAGACAACCAGGGCCAAGUGCAUGUAAUACAGAAGUAUCUUGAGCACCCUCUGCUGCUUGAGCCAGGUCAUCGCAAGUUUGACAUUCGAAGCUGGGUCUUGGUGGAUCAUCAGUAUACUAUCUACCUCUACAGAGAUGGUGUGCUUCGGACUGCCUCAGAACCAUAUCAUGUUGAUAAUUUCCAAGACAAAACCUGCCAUUUGACCAAUCACUGCAUUCAAAAAGAGUACUCAAAGAACUAUGGGAAGUAUGAAGAAGGAAAUGAAAUGUUCUUCAAGGAGUUCAAUCAGUACCUAACAAGUGCUUUGAACAUUACCCUAGAAAGUACCAUCUUACUACAAAUCAAACAUAUAAUAAGGAACUGCCUCCUGAGCGUGGAACCUGCCAUUAGCACCAAGCACCUCCCUUACCAGAGCUUCCAGCUCUUCUGCUUUGACUUCAUGGUGGAUGAGGAGCUGAAGGUGUGGCUUAUUGAGGUACACUCUGCCACACCAAGCUCUGAACAAGCAUGCACCAACAGUCCUUAG